UUAUCUAGUUUUAAAAUGGCUCCUGUGGAACAAGAUGUGGAAAUGAAGAAUGUUGAAAGUCCCGCGGCAGCCAGCGACGAGGGAACAGGUGAAGUGAAAAAAGAUGCCGAUGUCCUCAGCGUUCAGGAUUUGAGGGAGCAUGUCAGACAAAUCGACAAAGCGGUAACAUCCAAGGAACCUCGAUUUGCUAUGCGUGUGUUACGGUCACUACCAAGUACAAGGAGGAAGUUAAAUGGCAACGUCCUGCGAGCGAUUAUUAACCAACUGUACCCCUCAAAUGCGGACAAAGAGACUUUGCUUGCUUUUGUAGAAAGCCCUGCUCCUGGUUCCGUAGAGAUCGAAACCCCACGCUCUAGAAGUGCUCCGAAAACGCCAGUUCCGGAGGUUGAUGUCUAUCUGCACCUUUUAGUACUCUUGCGCUUGCUUGACACAAACAAAUUGCAAGAAGCCAGUGAUUGUUCCCAGCAGCUUAUGAAUAAAAUAACCUCUCAAAACCGAAGAACUCUAGAUUUAAUUGCUGCUAAAUGCUAUUUUUACCACUCAAGAGUAUUUGAGUUGACCAACAAACUGGAUCUUGUCAGGGGAUUGCUUCAUGCUCGUCUAAGGACUUCCACACUACGAAAUGACUUUGAAGGGCAAGCUGUCCUUAUUAAUUGCCUUUUACGUAAUUACUUGCAUUACUCUCUGUAUGAUCAAGCUGAUAAGUUAGUCAGCAAGUCCGUUUUCCCUGAAAAUGCAAGCAACAAUGAGUGGGCGAGAUUUAUGUAUUACCUUGGAAGGAUAAAGGCAGCCCGCCUCGAGUACAGUGAUGCACAUAAACAUCUUGUGCAAGCUCUCAGGAAGGCCCCACAAACUGCUGCUGUAGGCUUUCGUCAGACUGUGCAGAAGCUGGCCAUUGUUGUAGAACUUCUGCUAGGUGACAUCCCUGAGCGUGCUAUUUUCAGACAAGCUCCUCUCAGAAAAGCUUUGGCACCAUACUUCCAGUUGACGCAAGCUGUAAGACUGGGCAAUCUUCAAAGAUUUGGUGAAGUACUUGAAAACUUUGGCCCUCAAUUCCGCACGGACCACACUUUUACGCUGAUUCUUCGUUUGAGACAGAAUGUCAUCAAGACUGCUAUUCGGUCUAUUGGACUUUCUUACUCCCGCAUUUCUCCAAAAGACAUUGCUAGGAAACUGGGUUUGGAUUCAGCUGAAGACGCAGAGUUCAUUGUUGCAAAGGCAAUCAGGGAUGGUGUGAUUGAAGCUACUCUGGACCCUGUGAAGGGGUACAUGAGCAACAAGGAGAGCUCUGAUAUUUACUGCACUAGGGAGCCUCAGUUAGCUUUCCAUCAGCGUAUUUCAUUUUGUCUGGAUUUGCACAACCAGAGUGUGAAGGCAAUGAGAUAUCCACCAAAAUCAUAUGGUAAAGAAUUAGAGAGCGCUGAAGAACGGCGCGAACGAGAACAGCAAGAUCUUGAACUGGCUAAAGAAAUGGCUGAAGAGGAUGAUGAUGGUUUCCCUUAAAAUCUUACAUAGUAGUUAAUUGUAUUUCUAAAUAAUUCAUUGCAAUUUCAUGUUCUACUUAACAAAUGUUUUGAGAUAAUUAAAAUAUAAAAGUGUACUCAUAUACAGUCUUUAUUU